UACAUACAUAUUGUCACAGAUUACAUUAUAGAAUUGUGUGUACAUUUCACAUUUGAAAGUAAUAUAAGCCCUCGACAUGAGACUCGGGAUUUACCCCUCAAAUUUAGACACUUGACAGCACGUCGCAGGAUUUACCCAAGGGACGUGAUUAUGAAGUUUGAAAUCUAUUGGUUGAUUUGAAAUUAAACAAAGACAUUUUUUGAAAAGAGUUAGCGCCAGAGAAUUGGCGGGGAGUAAGAAAGUAAGGGAGUCGAAUAAAUAAUGUCCUUGUAGACAGUCACGUUUCUAAGAGCUCUGUUUGAAAAGCCUUUGUAAUAUGUUCCAUGCUCAUUGAUUUGUAAUUUGUACAUAAACUGUACUUACGUUGUAUUUGAAUAAAGUUCCAGAGUUUUGUUUUAUCAAAAGAAUCGUCAAUUGUAAUUCUAGAUCGUCAUUUUUGUUAACUAUUGAAUUCAAGUAAAAUCCCCGGCAUCACAACACAUCGUGACAUCAUACCAUCAGCGCAUGUUGUGACAUAUUUGGCACUCUCCGACUAAUAAAAGUUUAUGGACAACUUUUAACGAAAUUUAUUCAAGAUCUAGAUCUGGGACCAAUUUCUAAACUCUUCAAAGGAACUUCAUUCUUAUUUAACGGAGGACAGAAUUUCUGUGUUUAACAGGUCAGUUGGUUAUCGAUAAUUCUUUUAUAAAGAUUUUCGUUAGAGUUACGUCUAACUCACGAAAUCCAUUAUUAUAUGUAAUUGGCAAAAGGAAUAAGACCAAUAUACAUAAUAACUGGCAAUAUAAAAAGACCAGUAAAGCAAAUAACUGGCAAUAUAAAAGACCAAUAAAUCAAAUAACUGGCAUUAUAAAAAAGACCAGUAAAGCAAAUAACUGGCAAUAUAAAAGACCAGUAAAUCAAAUAACUGGCAUUAUAAAGAAGACUAGUAAAUAAUCAUUUGUGCAGCACAAAGUAAACAGAAGACCAGAUUUAACCAACUGUUAAACCAGUAAAAAGUACAUCGGCUCAAUAGAUCAAUAUAUCAAUCAUACGACUCCAGUAACUACAAGUCUACUGUCAAGAAUUUAUUAGCAAAUUGAGGCUUCAAGAACUUUGUCACUAGAUCUAUAUUAUUAUUAUAUCUGAGAUAAAGCCAAAAUCCAGAUAUCGAACAUUUUGCUCCAAUACAAGAAACUAAAAAAAAAAAAAAUUAAAUAUGGCUUCCAGUUAUAGAACACAACGAUUCUUCGAAUUGGUAGAAUUAGCCAAAGAAAAGCAAAUCCCAAAGUCAGACCAGUGGCAGUGGGCAGAGAGACAAGAAGAAAAAGAAUAUCAAGAGCAAGAAUCUGAAAAACAAAGGCAAGACGCCGAAAAACAAAGGCAAGACGCCGAAAAGCAAAGACAACAUGAAAAAGAAAAAAUGGAAUUCGAAAGGCAAAAUAAAGAAAAUAAAGAAAGCAUUCCAAUUCAAGGUCACUCAAGUAUGUUUGACAAAUACAGAUUAAUGAACAAAAUAUCGGCUUUCAACGAAAACAUUGACAAUAUGGACUCGUAUCUCAUAAGAUUUGAAGAAAUAGCUACAACAUCCGGUCUACCUGAAGCACAUUGGUCGAGCUCACUCCUCACCCUUUUGACUGGCAAAGCUGUCAACAUUUGCUCACAACUGUCCAUCAAUGAACGCAGCACUUACUCUGAUAUCAAGGAAGCUCUACUGCGCCAAUACGGAGCAACUUCAGCCAACUAUAGAAAGAAAUUCUAUAAUGAAAGGCCACAGCAAAAUGAUGAUCCUCAAAUUUUUGUAGCUAAUAUGUCAAUGUGGUUUGAUAGAUGGGUAUCCAUGGCAAAAAUAGAAGAAAGUUACCAAGCUCUUCGUCAACAUAUUAUUAUCGACAACAUUACCCAUGCUCACUCAGAAGAUAUUCAGUCCUACAUUAUAGAGAGAAAUCCUACUGAUAUCCAGACAUUAACCAAGAUCAUCAGACAAUAUAGAGCAGCCUAUCCAAACAAGUCAGUCAAACCAUCUGUUGAAGAAAAUUUUGUCUGCUUUGCUCAAGACAAAAAUGCAAGAUAUAAGUCAGAUGACAAAGUCAAAUGCAACAAAUGUCAUAAACUAGGGCAUUUCACAUCUCAAUGCCGCAGCAGAACCACAGGAUGUUCAUUUUGCCAUAAAAAGGGUCACCAAACUCAUGAAUGUUGGAAAAAACAGGCAGUCUCCAAAAAUCAAAAUUUUGAUAGACCCACAUCACCAACUCAAAGAUACAGCAAUAGAGAGCAAUACAAUCUCAACAAAGCACCUGGAAACAAUAAACCAGAUAACAACAAACCUCGCUACAGAAGUCAUUCACAGGACUCCAGACCACAAUAUAUGCCAAACAGAAGCUCAUAUAACAGAAGCUAUUACAAUGAGCACUCAACUAUGACAGUCAUUGCAAAGUCCAAUGGUCUCAAAUUUUAUCCAGGCUUUGUAGGAGACAAGAAGGUGGAAGUUCUUCGUGACACCGGAAGCACGUCCACAUUAGUACAUGAACGCUUCGUACACGCAAACCGUUUCACAGGCAACCACGUCCAAGCCACUGCAUUCAACGGAACUGUCAGCAAGUUACCUGAAGCCAUCAUUUAUGUUACUACACCAUUCUUCAGUGGUCAAACAAAACCAUUAGUAACACCCAAUCUACCAGUGGACCUAAUCAUUGGAAACAUAGAAGGAGUUAAAGAAUGCACUACUCAAGAACUUACUGAAUGGACAAAUGCCAUAGAGCAAGGUCAAAAAUGUUUGGCAGUAAUGACAAGAUCCAUGUCCAGACAACAAGAACAUUUGGCACCUGAACAAGUUGGCCAAAAUAAUCACAUGGCUACCUCAGUUACUCAAGUUAUGCAGAAUGCAACAGAACCAGUUACUAGUCCAGUAGCCAGCAACAAUCAAGAACACUCAACAUGGACACCCCCAAUUACAUCAAGCCCAUCCCUACCGGUCAUAAGUCCACCUCCAAUUCCCGAAUGUCCAUUGUUGAACUAGACGACAUGCCCAGAGUCUCUAACAAUGAUACAAGAACUCUAACUGGCCAAACUG